AUGUUGAAAUCCAUCAAUGUAGCACAUAAUGGACCAGGUAAAUAUAAAUUAUUUCUAACAAGGGAAAGCUACAUAAAUGAUCCGAUAACAAUCGGGAGUGACGUAAAGGAGAUAUUGAGCAAGAUGAGGGACAAAUCAAAUAUUAAAUGGGCAAUUACAUGGACGCCUUUGAAUGAAUUAAUCGAUUUGCCAGACCUGAAUUAUGACAUCAAAUCUCAUCUGACUAUUAAUGAAACGUUAACAGUGAUGCCUCAAUUCAACCAUAAUGAAAUUUUAAACAAAAGAAUUUACUUCUACAUUCGAGAGAAUACUGAAUCAAAAGGUUAUAUUGAUAGUAUAAUCAAACUAAAUAAUCUUACUGGGGAACUAAAUAUAAAUGUCCAUAAUCUUCAGAAGAAGGUAAUAAGAUUCAAUAUAUUUUCCAAAAUUCUUGGAGUUGAGAAAAAAUCAGAAAUAAACAUAAAAUUCAGCUGCAGAGAUGGUGAAUAUUAUGAUAAUGGUAAUUGCUCAAAAUGUCCAAAAGGAACGUACAACUCCAUUGAAUUAGAACUAUCUAGUGAUACGUGGGUAGAGUGUACCCAGUGCCCAAAAUAUAGUAUUACAAAUAACACUGGUUCAAUAUCCUUGGAAGAUUGUACAUGCGAUAAAGGAUAUUCUUUAUUUGUGGAUCCAAUUACACGAAACGAAGUGUGUACGCCAUGCCCACCAGGAACUUAUAAAUCCACUGUUGGAUUUCAUCCUUGCAUUGGAUCUUGCUACAAAAACUCAAUUUCUGAAGUUGAAGGGAGUACUUCUGAAGAAGGAAGAAAGUGUGAAUGUUUGCCUGGAUUUUAUUGGGGAGGACAAGACGAAAACACAGAUGAAUGUUUAGAAUGUAAAAAGGGAUAUUACUGCUCCGGAGGAUUUCAUAUAAAAGCAGUCAAAUGCCCAGACAACACUAGUUCUAAUCCUCGUUCUACCAGCAUCAAUGAUUGUAAAUGUAGUGAAGGCUAUGAACCCGUAUGGGAUGAUGAAAAUAAUGAAUCGAUGAUUGAGGAACCAGAGAUAGAAUCCGAGAACACGUUAAAGUUUAAAUGUGUUCCAUGCAAAAAGAACACUUACAAAGAUACACAAUCAAAUGAAAAAUGUGAAAAAUGUCCACAGUAUUCGAACACAUCAGAUAUAGGAAGCAACAAAAUAACAGAUUGCAAUAUAUGUGAUGAGGGAUUUUAUGAAACCAAAAUAGAUAAUGAACCUUGCAGAAUGUGUAAAAAAGAUAGUUAUUGUGUAGGAUCAUUGUAUGAAGAUAAAGAUAAAAAAAUAGUGUCUGGAAGAAAUCUACCAUGUCCUAAACAUUCAAUAACUAUAAAGCCUUACAAUAAGAAUGUGAGUAUGUUGAAUUGUCUUUGUGUUGAGGGUUAUAUUCCUGUGACAUCUGGUUCAUCUGUGAAGUGUAUUCCUGCUCCAAAAAACCACUACAAAGAUGUUGUUGGUAACGUUCCAGCUGUUCCAUGUCCUCACGGAUCUAUAACAUUGUCCAAUGGUUCUACUUCGAAGGAUUCAUGUGUUUGUGACAAGGGCACAUAUUUUGAUUUUGUUACUAAACAUUGUACUAUUUGUCCUGCUGGUAAGUAUUGUUUGGGUGGUAAGGAUGAUGCUAUGAAUGAUAGACAGCCGAUGGAGUGUUCAGAUUCCAAUGCUCAAACUAAGGCUCAAGGUGCAUCUUCAUCAUCAGAGUGUGCUUGCAAGGAAGGAUAUUAUAUGGAUGUUGAUUCUCAGAAUGUGUGUAAGGAGUGUCCUGAGAAUCAUUAUAAAUCUUAUAUUUCUAACGAUAAAUGCUCUAGGUGUGAUGAGAAUUCAUCUACUACUGGUAAGAAGGGUGCCACAUCUAAGGAGCAGUGUGUUUGUGACCCUGGUUAUUACUUUGACAAAGGCUGUGUUUCUUGUAACUUCACUGACAAGUAUUGUCCUGGUGGUGUAAUUGAGACUACGGACGAUGAUGGUCGUUCUAGAGUUGUAACAAGAAGUCCAAUUAAAUGUCCACCAAACACAGAGAUUCCACCGGGAGUAGAUAAUGCUAGUUCAAUCAACUUUUGUAAAUGUACUAAGGGCUACUAUUUUGUAUCAAAAGAUCUGAAGAAUAACGAGAAGAUAUGCAAUGCUUGUGCUCCUGGAACUUACAAAAGUUCAGUCAGGGAUUCGAAUUGCAAUGGUCUAUGUACUCAGAAUGCAACUAGUUUGCCUGGUGCUGAAAGUCCCAAUCACUGUUUCUGUAGAUCUGGUUACUUUUAUCUGGAGGGUGGUAUUUGUAGCAAGUGUAUGGAAGGAGCUAAGUGUGAUGGUGGGUUGGUUAACUACAAGAUGAAGACUCUUAAGAAUUUCGUUGUCGACAUUGAUGACCAUGUUAAACCAGUUGCUGUUGAAGGUUACUUUUUGGAUAAGAUAAAUUUAAAGUUGAGGAAGCCCGAUGAUUGGAAGUUUAUCAAAUGUCCCAUCAAUGGGUCAUGUCUUGGAAAUGACAAAUGUUCAGCUACAAUGGAGCAUUAUUUGUGUAGUGAGUGUAAGAAGGGAUAUACUAACAACUUUGUGAAGGGAGCUUUGUGUCAGAAAUGUCCCCAAAUUCUCCCUAACAUUCUCACAGCCAUAUUGUAUUGCUUUGGAUUUUUGGUUAUAAACAUUGUUAUGGCACGACUCAACAUAAGUUCAGGAUACAACCGUCGUUCAAUACAUUCUGUCGUUAUUAAGAUUGCACUAAACUUUUAUGCCUGCACAAGUGUUCUGAAUGUUAUAAACGUCAAUGACUUAAAACUACCUGUGGGUUUGAAGAAGAUGAUAAACAAGUGGAUUAAGGUGUUUGAUUCCGAUGAUGCAGUGUAUUACACAUCAAUUGAUUGUGUGAUUAGAAGUUUAUUUAACCUGGAACAUUCUGAUUCAUUUUUUUACACGAUGCUCUAUAUGGCUUGCUCCCCCUUGAUAUUAUUGUUUGUUGUGACUCUGAUGAUGUGGAUCAUUAUGACUCUGUUUAAGGUUAUUAGGUAUAAUGAUAUUAGGAAGAAGUUGGCUUUAUUACAACAGUUUAGGGCUAGGUAUGAGGGAGAUAAUCAAAAUAGUCUCAUUGAGCAAUAUAGGAACGAGAGGUUACUUAUGAUAUUAAGAUAUAUUCCAUUACCCAACGAGACUGCAUGGGAUAGAUUUAAGAACUUUUUGGAAGAUAUGAUUCCCAUUUAUGUCACAGUUUUGUUUUCUAUCCAUGGCAAAAUUACGAGUAAGAUGCUGAGUUUGUUGGACUGUACCUAUAUAGAUUUGGGUCGCUCCUUCCCAGGCAAAUAUGUGUUGAGACCUGCAAUGAGUAUAAGGUGUUCUAUUAAUCCUUCAGCAGGUUAUCUUAGAUAUUUGAUUUUGGGUUUAUCUGGAUUGUUAGUUUGGGGUCUUGGUAUUCCAUUCCUGUCAUUCAUGGCAUUGUUUGUUAACAGAAAUAACUUGUAUGCUCCCAGCAUAAGGAUGAAGUAUGGAUUUUUACACAAUGGUUUCAGACAAGAUUAUUGGUAUUGGGAAACGAUAGUAUUUGCUAGAAAGUGUCUUGUUCUACUUAUAGGUAGUAUUGUCAUUGUUCCAUCAGAAAACUACAGUGGAUCUAGAAUAUGGAUGGCAACGGUUGUAGCCUUAUUAUUUUCGUUUCUUCAGUUAACAUGCGAACCAUUUGACGAAAGGGACUACUUUGUACUAGGAAGGUUAGAAAACCAUAGCAUGAGUACAUGGACAUUAACACUCUUACUUGUAGCAUUCCUAAUAGAAGGGAAUAUCACAGAUUUUUUCUCUAUUUUUAUUUUUUAUACGAUUUUGUUUUUCAAUGCUUUGAUUAUCAUCGAAUUUUUAUUUUAUCUUUUCAUUUUUUCCAUUCCCCAGCUUUUUUAUUUAUUUUCAUUUUUCUUUCCCAGAUAUUUGUCAAGAAAAGUUAAAAUUCCCUACCCGCUAUUUUACAAACAACCAGUCGUUUUUUAUGAUAAAGAAGAUUCUAGUAUUUUUCUUAAGCCACAAAACAAAACAUUGGGAUUAAUACAUUUCCAAAAUUUACCUUCUGUUUACUCCAAUUUUUUUGACGCAACUAUAUCACAAAUCUACAAACUAGCAGCUUGUCACUUAAACCUAGAUGUUAUUCCUUCAUUAUUCAUAGACUUUCUAAUCAGAUACUCAAUAUCAAUUGCAAAUGCAGAGAAUAAAGUUAUAGAAAAGAAUUUAUCAACCCAAUCUGAUGAAAAUGAAAUAUCAGAUAUCAUAGAGGGCGUGACAAGCGAAGGUUAUAAAAAUAAGAACAAGUAUGUAAAUAUUGAUAAAUACAAAAAAGAGCACGGCUCCAAUUCAUAUGUAGCAGAAUUAGAACAUAUAUUAAAUCACCGUGGAAUUAAAAGUGAUGAAAUAAACGGAAUAAUUAACUCGUUGUAUGACGAAUCUCAUCUAAAAAACGAUCUAUAUUUCUCUGAUUUAUUCCAAUCAAUAGAGAACUUAUAUAACAUGGACAAAACUACAUUAUGUGUCUUGUAUGAGUUAUUUAAACAGUAUAAAACUUAUUUCGAAGGUCAGAUUAGUAAGGAUCUAGAUUUACAAAUUAUCAAUCUUAUGAAACAGAAAACAGAAAUUGAAAAUGCAAUGAAUAGUACUGAAAGUAUAGAUAAUGUUACUAAAGAAAUAGAUAAAAUAAAUUCUGAAAUCGAAGACUUAAAAAAAGAAAAAGAAGCUAUAAGGGAAAGACUACGUAAACUGAAGGAAUCAAAUAAUCGUUAUAAAACUGAACGCAAGAGCGUUAAAGCGAGGAAAACUAAAUAUGAUGACGAAAGAGAGUCAUUUUGUAAACAAUUUAUUGAAAAUUUUGGGUUCAAACCAAUUAAUAGGCAAGACACAAUUGCACAUUAUAAAUCCAAUGAUUAUCAAUAAUAAUAAAAUAAUUGUUUACAUUCAAAUUCUUGGAUCUUGAAACCUCUUCCUGAAUCCAAAGGCAAUUAAAUCACUUUCAAAAUCUCCCGAUCCUAUGUGGGAAUAUUCAUCAGGAUAGUAAAUUUUCAAAGCCUGAAGUGGAUCCCUCUUAAACAUACGAAUUUUAUCCUCAACAUCUGCAAUUUUCUUAUAAAGCUCUUCUAACUCAGCCUCAGAACAGAAUAACUCCUCUAUAUUUUCGGAUGGAUCUAAUUCGUUUAAUUUUUUGUUUCGCGCCCCAAAUUAAAUAUCUUUUCAUUAUUUUUAUAAUCUCUAUAAUGUAAA